AUGACAAAACGAGAAGCUGUGAUCGUCGGCGUUGCCGACCUGCCACUGAAGGACGGCAAGGUCCUUGCGCCCAUGUCGGUCCUGCAGGCCCAGGCGCUGGUCGCCCGCGACGCCUUGAAGGACGCCGGCAUCGCCAUGCACGAAGUCGAUGGGUUGCUGACCGCCGGCAUGUGGGGGGUGCCCGGUCCGGGCCAGUUGCCGACCGUGACGCUGUCGGAGUACCUGGGGAUUACGCCGCGCUUCGUCGACGGCACCAACAUCGGCGGCUCGGCCUUCGAGGCGCAUGUGGCGCAUGCCGCCACCGCCAUCGAGGCUGGCCGCUGCGAGGUGGCGCUGAUCACUUACGGUAGCCUGCAGAAGAGCGAGAUGAGCCGCAACCUCGCCGGGCGCCCGGCGGUGCUGACCAUGCAGUACGAGACGCCUUGGGGCAUGCCCACGCCGGUAGGCGGCUAUGCGAUGGCGGCCAAGCGCCACAUGCACGAAUAUGGCACCACCUCCGAGAACCUGGCCGAGAUCGCGGUGGCCACGCGCAAGUGGGCGGCGCUCAAUCCGGCGGCCACCAUGCGCGAGCCGCUGUCGAUCGAGGAUGUGCUCCAGAGCACGAUGAUCUCCGACCCGCUGCACCUGCUCGAUAUCUGUCUGGUCACCGACGGUGGUGGCGCGUUGGUCAUGACCACCGCCGAGCACGCCAAGGCGCUCGGUCGCAAGCCGGUGUUCGUGCGCGGUUACGGCGAAUCACACACCCACUGGACCAUCGCCGCCAUGCCCGACCUAGCGCGCCUGACGGCCGCCGAAGUGGCCGGUCGGGACGCCUUUGCCAUGGCGGGCAUCCGGCAUGACGCCAUUGACGUGGUUGAGGUCUAUGACUCGUUCACCAUCACCGUGCUGCUGACGCUCGAAGCGCUGGGCUUUUGCAAGCGUGGCGAGGGUGGAGCCUUUGUCGCCAACCAGCGCACCGCGCCGGGCGGUGUAUUCCCGCUUAACACCAACGGCGGCGGUCUGUCUUACGCACACCCCGGCAUGUACGGCAUCUUCCUGCUGAUCGAGGCGGUGCGCCAGUUGCGCGGUGAAUGCGGCCCGCGCCAGAUCCAGGACGCCGUGACCGCGCUGGUCCACGGCACCGGCGGCACGCUCUCCAGCGGUGCCACUUUGCAUUCUCUCCACCCGGUGAACACCAUGUACGACAAACCCCUGCCCGUCAUCGAUGGCGAGAGCCGCUCCUAUUGGGACGCCCUGAAACAACAUCGCCUGACACUCAAGCGCUGCCAUGACU